UACAAAAAAAAAAAAAAAAAGAAAGAAAAUACGACAAUCACAUUGUGACUAUGUCAUAGUCUCUGCCUCACCUUCCACAGAACGAAAGCAAUCUCACUCUUUCUCUCUCAUUCUCCUCUCGUUCUCAUUCUUUUACUUUUACUCUUUCGUUCACUCUCAUAGUUUCCAAGACCGCUGGAGAGGUGGGGCUUGCUGGUAUGAUCUGCCCUCCCACCCCGAAAAGGAAAAGCCUCAGGAGGAGGUGCUAGGCUCCUGGGCUUGGACUUACAUCUCUACCCCGCCCACUCCCUCCCUCUCUGCCCUGCCCACUCCCCUGUCCGCCCCGCCCCGCCCCGCCUACUCCCAGCCUGCCUUCCUGCCUCCGCCCUGCAAUGGUUACCCUAGGCCUAUCUCGAGUGGAUGAUGCGGUGGCUGCUAGACACCCGGGGCUCCAGGAAUAUGCUGCCUGCCAAUCCCAAGCCUUCAUGAAAGGCAUCGUCACAUUCAUCACAGCAGGCACUGGUGCAGCCUUCUUCUUACAGAAGGUCCUACAGAGAAAAUUGCCUUAUCCCAUGCAGUGGACCGUGCUACUGGCCAUGGUUGCAGGCUCAGUUGGAAGCUAUGCAGUGACUCGUGUGGAAACACAGAAAUGCUCUAAUCUCUGGCUCUUCUUGGAGACUGGACAGCUCCCCCAGAACCAUGCCCCAGAGCAGCCCUCUACAGAUCCAAAACAGAAGAAAAAUCAGUAUGGGGAUGUUCUGGAGUAAGAGUCCUCCAUUAUUUUGUCUACAACAUCAUGGCUUUUCCAGCGAUGCACAAGCACCCCAUAUUCCAAUCCUUAUAUAUACAUAAAAGGUAUUCUAACAUUC